UGAACGUGCUUUGUGAACGCUUGAGACAGACCUGUUCAUUGCACCUGAACAGACGAGGCUCCCGCUCAAACAGCUACCGGCUCUUUUUAGCCCUUUCACCGCGGGAUAUAAGUGACUCGGUUCCCGUGCACUGUGCGGUUCUUCAGUCCCUAAGGAAUGCCCAGAGAGCUGACCCAGAACAGGAUCCAAAAGAUCUGGGUUCCCACCAAGGAUGACAAGCCGGCACCGCGGAGAGCAGCUGGCGCACCCCACUUUGCCAACCCCCCCACUGUCAUUGUGAUGGUGGGCCUGCCAGCUCGAGGCAAGACGUACAUGUCCAGGAAACUCACCCGCUACCUCAACUGGAUAGGCAUGCCCACAAAAGUCUUCAACGUGGGAGAGUAUCGCAGGGAGGCAGUCAAGAACUACAGCUCCUAUGACUUCUUCAAGCCUGAUAAUGAGUGUGCCGUAAAAAUCAGGCAGCAGUGUGCCUUAGCAGCCUUGAGGGAUGUCAAGUCCUAUUUGAAGGACGAGGGAGGCCAAGUAGCGGUCUUCGAUGCCACGAACACAACAAGAGAAAGGCGAGACAUGAUCCUCAAGUUUGGCAUUGAGAAUGGUUUCAAGAUCUUUUUCAUUGAGUCUGUGUGCGACGAUCCCAGCGUCAUUGCGUCGAACAUCAUGGAAGUGAAGGUGUCAUGUCCAGACUACCGGGACUGCAACAAGACAGAUGCCAUGCUGGAUUUCCAGAGGAGAAUUGAAUGCUACAAAACCAGCUACCAAACUCUGGACCCUGACCAGCAUGACAGGGAUCUCUCCUUUAUCAAGGUUAUUGACGUAGGUCGGCGGUUCCUUGUCAAUCGGAUCCAGGAUCACAUCCAGAGUAAGAUCGUCUACUACCUGAUGAACAUCCAUGUCCAGCCCCGAACCAUCUACCUGUGUCGGCAUGGAGAGAGCACUGACAACCUGGAGGGACGGCUCGGCGGUGACUCUGGCCUCUCGCCACGGGGCAGACAGUUUUCAGCUGCCCUGGCUCGGUAUGUGGACGAGCAGCAGCUGAAGGAUCUGAAGGUUUGGACCAGCCAGCUGUGUCGCAGCAUCCAGACCGCCGAACACCUGGGAGUCCCGUACGAACAGUGGAAGGCUCUUAAUGAGAUUGAUGCUGGAAUGUGUGAGGAGAUGACGUACGAUGAGGUGAAGGAGAAAUUUCCAGAGGAGUUUGCUUUGAGAGAUGAAGAUAAAUUUUACUACCGCUAUCCUGCUGGAGAGUCCUACCAGGACCUGGUCCAGCGAGUGGAGCCAGUAAUCAUGGAGCUGGAGAGGCAAGAGAAUGUCCUGGUUAUUUGCCAUCAGGCCGUCAUGCGCUGCUUGCUGGCCUACUUCCUGGAUAAGAGCGCAGAUGAGAUGCCCUACCUGAAGUGUCCCCUCCACACGGUGCUGAAGCUCACGCCGGUCGCCUAUGGGUGCAAAGUGGAGUCCAUUUCUUUGAAUGUGGAGGCAGUGAACACCCACAGAGACAGGCCGGAGGAGGUGAAGAGGGGUCCUGGCACCUUGAUCAGGAGGAACAGUGUGACUCCCCUAACCAGCCCUGAGUCAAACAUCAAGAAACCUCGUAUCGAUGACCUGGACGAGGCACCAAUCCAGGAGCUGCCUCCAUCUGUUGCCUCAUUGGCCCUCUGCAGCCCCUCACACCUCCCUCUUGCCCUGGCUGGACAGUCUCUGCAUGAAUGUUCACUCACUUGUGUCCCAUCCUCUUUUCCUCUGCUGCCUUCUCACCCUCUACACUUUACAGCACUGGCUGGGCAAAGUUUGCCUAAGCUGAGGAGGAGCUCAUCUGGCCGGCAUGAUGUCCUGCAGCCCUGCCAAUGAAAUUGCACAGAUGUGUCACGAGGCUCAGGAGGCCAGAAAGUAGACCGCUGACAAAAACGAAAAUAACAUGAAACAACAAGGAAAAGUAAAAUUGAAAUUGUUUUUUAAAAAACAAAAUUUCUAAGUUUGUAAAAUGUCAACGAUCAACUGGGUACAUGUAUCGUUUUGUCAGUCAAAGACACAAUUUACUGUACCUUUUUUUUAUGGUUCAAAAAGGACCAUGGUUAAUUAAUUGCUAUCCUAUCAGAUAUUUAUGUUCAAAGAGAUGUUAUUUCAAACCAAGAAUCUUUAAAUUCUCUGUUUCUUGCCAAUUGUCAAACAUUUUCUUUCUCUCUGAUACUGAUGAGUCUGUUUUCUGGAAAACUUUUAGAAACUUGUGUGUGUAUGUUAUUCUACUAUGAAGUAGGAAAACGGUGACUCAUUUAAAUCAACAGUGUUGCAUCUCACAGCUCAGAUGGCUCUCUGGGAAACCAGUUUCUUCUGGUUAAUUAUGUGGAGAGACCAAAGAUCUAACCCUCACGCCAAGAUAAAACUUUCAGCUCAUCCUUCUUUUUCAACCAGGUAUUCAUGGUUGUAUUGUAAAUUAACAGAAGGAUAUAGUAUUUAGUUUACAUUGUAAACUUUUUGGCACUUCUUUGGAAGCACUAGCGUUUUUCAUGUACUUGUUUUUGUAAAAUGUGGCAGAGCGUCAUGAUCUAAUUGACUCCUUUUGUAUGCUUACACGCUACAAAAUAAGUUAUCAUUUUGCACAGUGAGGAUACAUUUUUACUUUUGUUUGGUUUAUAUGUGACUGUGUGUUUUUCACAGUAAUGGAGGUGAUUUUUGCCGUAGAGUGCCUGUAGUGCUUGUUUUGCAAGCCUAACGCCGCUUCUCUUCCUAUUUCUCUGGGCUUAAUUGCUUGAGGAGAGGCGCCACAUUUCAAUUAAUAAUUCUACUUAUCAUUUCAGUGUUUUAUUUUUCACAGUUUAAAUAUUUAUUUUUUAUUGUGUGUAGUUUCAACACUACAGUACAUGUCAAUCAUUUAACAAAGUACUAUCCACUGAUGGGGAACUAUAUUUUCCUUGAUUUCCCUUUGCUGUCAUUGUCUGCUACGCACAAAUAUAAGCACCUAUAUUUUGUUAUAACAAUGCGUGCUGUUAAUAAUAUCCUUGAAAAUGUUAGCGUACAUACAGUGUAACUGGAGAUAUUUGGGAGAUGACUUACAAGUGAAAAAAAGUGUGCGCGUAACUGAUUUUGUACUCAUGUUUUGGGAUUGAAUGGAAAGCAGGAUAUCUGGAGAAAGUUGCUGCUUACCUCUCUCAGUAAAACUGUAAACAUGUUUGCUUGAGAUACUUGAAAUUUGUUUUUUGUAAAAACUUUGAUCAUAUUCUUUAUUUAUUUUUAUGUAGUUUUCAAUGACUGCUUGGAGCGUGAGGCACCUUAUUUUAAUCUGAGGACUACGCAUGAAAGGACAGUAUGUUGUACAGUUGAUUUUGCAUCUGCUGGACCAAUAAAUGUACUCCGGGAAAAUA